AUGAAGCUUGAUGCAAAACUGUUACGGUAUAUGAAUACGGAAGAAUUCCGUGUUCUGACAGCUGUUGAAAUGGGAUCCAAGAAUCAUGAGGUUGUACCUACGUCUCUUGUCGCUCAAAUCGCGGGUUUGCGUAAUGGUGAUGAUGGAUAUAGAUUAGCAUAUGGUGGUUAUGACUAUCUUGCUUUAAAAACUUUUGUUAAGCGGGGGAGUGUUUAUUCUGUGGGCAAUCAAAUCGAUAUAUACGUCGUUGCUGACGAGAAUGAAAAUCAAUUAGCCUUAAAAAUACAUAGACUUGGCCGAAUCUCUUUUCGAGCAAUAAAGUCAAAACGAGAUUAUCUUCAAAAACGGAAAUCAGCAUCUUGGAUGUACAUGUCAAGGUUAGCUGCCAUGAAAGAAUAUGCAUUUAUGAAGGUUUUAUAUGAAAAUGGCUUUCCAGUUCCAGAGCCAAUCGAUAACGUCCGACACUGUAUAGUGAUGGAACUAAUCGAUGCUUAUCCAUUGCGACAGAUAACUGAUGUGCAAGAUUCUGGCCAGCUCUACUCUGAACUUAUGAAUUUGAUAGUUAGGUUAGCCCAGCACGGUCUUAUUCACGGAGAUUUCAAUGAGUUUAAUAUUCUUGUAAAAGAAAAUGGGAAUCCUGUGUUAAUUGAUUUCCCGCAAAUGGUAUCCACUUCGCAUCCUGAUGCUGAAUGGUAUUUUAACCGUGACGUAGAAUGCAUUCGCACUUUUUUUAAGAGGAGGUUCAAUUACGAGAGUACAUUGUAUCCAAAAUUUAAGCUUGAUAUAAGUCGUGAAUUCAGUUUGGAUGUACAAGUUGCCGCAAGUGGAUUUACUAAAAAGUAUCAACAAGAAUUGGAAUCGUAUCAAUUAGAAUUAGGAGAAUACUCAAGAAACAAUGACAAUGUACAAGAAUUUGAUGAGAGCUCUCAAGAUGAGACCGAUGAAUCCACCGAAACCGAAAACAAUCAUAUUUCAUUGUUAGAAGAUAAAGAUCUUCUGAACACUGAUUCAAAAGAUGUCUCAGCGGAUAUAAAAUCAAUCUCAACAGAAAAUAAUCAUGAUGCAAAUUCUGAUAUCGAGCUUUUAGACAAUCGUGACUAUAAAGUUUACGAGGGCAGUAAAAGGCCUUCAACUGCCAUAAAAAAUCGCCUUACAGAAUCCGACAUAAAGGAACGUGUUGCAAGGUCAUUAAAAAAAACUUCAAAAAAGAAAACCACUAAUAAGCAACAUUCUACAAGAAAUAAUAUUAAGGUCAAAGAAAAAAGAAGAGCUAGAGAUAUAGCAAAAUACGAUG